UGGCUGGCGGACUGAACUCUCUCUCUUUCCAACUUUGGUCUCUCACUUAUAUUAUUUUUAUUUUUUUGUUCUCUAUUUGGAAUAUCUUGGGAGGUAUUGGGUUACAAUGGAAAUGGAUCUUGAAGUGCAGGAUUACGCCUCUGGAACUCCCCAGACUUUGAUCUCCAAGAAACCCAAGCACGACGAGAUCAACAUGGGCAGCAAAGGGAAAACAAAAAUAACCUAUGAUGAGACCUUGCAAGACCAAGUUAAGGAUGCUUCAGCCAGUGAUCCUGGAAAUUCUACUGUAGUAGGAUCCCCGGACAGUGUCAAUCACCUCAAGAGUUCUGCACCAGGAUCACUCAACUCAAACAAUCUUCAUAGUUCCAAUUCCGAUAUAACAUAUCAUGACGAUGAAGGGGAUGGCACUGGUGUUGGGGAAGAUGAUGCUGUUUUUAUUGAAGAUGAUGAUUAUGUUUCUGAUUAUGAUGACAAUGAUGAUUUCUUGUAUGAUGAUGGUUAUACGGGCAUGCAAUCUCAAUUUGAUAAGGUGGACUUUCCUCCUGGUGUAGAGGCACCUCUUCCUUGGUUGAAUGACCGGGAUUCAAGUGCCAAUAUACAGCCUUCAACAAGAACUCUAACUAUUUCAGACAUUCCAGACAGCAAAAAGCAGGCAGCUGCUACCAGCAGUUCAUCCAUCCCUGCUGAUUCAAAAUUAAAGGAGAAAGUAGAGGCAGAUGAGGACGCCGUUAUACAAAAGUUGCAACAGUUUAAGCAAUUUGACAUUGUGGAUGACUUUUCAGAUCAUCACUUUAGCCGCAUGGGCUUCUCAGAUGGGAAGCCACCCAAGAAUUGGGCAAAGAGAAUCCAGGAGGAGUGGAAAAUGCUAGAGAAGAAUUUACCUGAUACAAUAUUUGUUAGAGCUUAUGAAGCAAGAAUGGAACUUUUGAGGGCUGUUAUAAUUGGACCUGCAGGCACUCCUUACCACGACGGCCUUUUUGUCUUUGAUUGCCUCUUUCCCACUACGUAUCCCAGCUCACCACCGAUGGUGUACUACUAUUCAGGUGGCCUUCGACUGAACCCGAAUUUGUAUGAUUGUGGGAAAGUCUGCCUGAGUCUUUUGGGCACCUGGACUGGGAAACAGAAUGAGAUGUGGAUCCCAGAGAAAUCAACCAUGUUACAGGUUUUGGUGUCUAUACAAGCUCUGAUUCUGAAUGCAAAGCCCUUCUUUAAUGAACCUGGUUAUGAAACAACAUAUGUUGGGGCGGAAGGUGAAAGAAGAUCGAUGGAGUAUAAUGACAAUGCUUUUAUUCUAUCCUUGAAGACGAUGAUAUACACAGUGAGGCGACCACCAAAGUAUUUUGAGGACUUUGUUGCUGGUCAUUUUCAACAUCGAGCACGUGAUAUUUUGGUUGCAUGUAAAGCAUAUAUGGAGGGUGCUCCUGUAGGGUCUGUUAAUGAUGGAGCACACGAUGAUGCUGGAGCACACGACAAUGAUGGAAAGCGCAGGUCAAGUGACUUCAAGUCGACAUUGGCUAAGAUGAUAAAUAUGCUCAUCACAAACUUCACCAAGAACGGGUCGACAGACAUUGAGCAAUUUCGCCUUGUGGCAUAAAAUCACAGGAGGAGCUGACAGCUUGAGAAAGGCUACAAGAUCAAAUUAUGUACAGGGUGGGUGAAACCAAUGUUAGAAUCGACAUAUAGCAGGUGCCUUUCUUGUCGCAAUUUUGGAUGGGAUUGGACCAUUAGUCUCUAAUGUCAUCUGGAUUCCAGGUAGUUGUUUAUAUAAUUGGUCAAUUCAGGGAUGAUGGAAGAGUUUCUAUUGGAUUUAGUUUGCUGCACGCCUCUAAAUGAGUGAAUGCAUUCAAGCUAAUACGCCCGUGUGAACUAUUAAUCGUAAAUGCACGGGAUGUAGGAGCUUAGCCUUCCCAGAUAUUAUAGAUAUAUGUAGUCGUAUUUUUACGUUUGCUUGCACUC